AUGGGGGAGGUGCUCAACUGCAAUCAGACGUAUAACAUAACGGCUGAGGAACAGGGGCCACUGUUCAAUAGCUCCUGGCUGAAAAAGCAGAUAGUCAGUAGAGCCGAUGUCUGGUGGUGGUGCGGGGAGAAUACCCUGUGGCCCCGGUUACCAGGGUCAUGGACGGGAACCUGUACCCUCAUACAACUGAUGAUGCCCUUCACCAUAGCAGUAGAACAUGCUGUAGAACUCAAUAAAGGAAGCCGACGACAAAAGAGAAAGGUGAGAGGAUCAUUCGACACACACAUCUAUAUAGAUGCGAUAGGGGUGCCAAGAGGGGUACCCGAUGAAUUUAAAGCCAGAAAUCAGAUAGCUGCGGGCUUUGAGUCCAUACUCUUCUGGUGGUCCACAAUUAAUAAAAAUGUGGACUGGAUCAACUACUUAUACUACAAUCAACAACGCUUUAUAAAUUACACUCGAGAUGCAGUUGAAGGAUUAGCGGAACAACUGACAGCUACCAGCCAAAUGGCCUGGCAAAAUCGCAUGGCCUUGGACAUGCUACUGGCUGAGAAGGGAGGAGUGUGUGUAAUGUUUGGCGAACAAUGUUGCACAUUCAUCCCCAACAACACUGCUCCGGAUGGGUCAGUGUCAAGAGCCCUAGCAGGGCUCACCUCUCUGUCUAUCGAAUUGGCUGAGAACUCUGGAGUUGACACCUCCUGGACCGGGUUUCUAGACUCCUGGUUUGGGAAAUGGAAGCACAUCUUUACAUCUGCCCUAACAUCAGUGAUAGUCAUGGUGGGGUUACUGUGUUUGUUCGGAUGUUGUAUCAUUCCCUGCGUACGGGGAUUGGCUCAGCGAUUGAUAGAAACAGCCCUGACGAAGAACAGUGCAGCCACCAUAAUGGCCCUCAGACCACAGUAUGACCUACGAGAGGAGGAUAGGGAGCAUGGCCACCCCGGGCCCGGCAGCCCGGCCUCCAGCGCCGGCCUCUCCUCCACCCCGGCCCCGGCCCCGGCCCCCAGCUCAGGCCCCGGCGCCGCCGCCGGCCUCUCCUCCACCCCGGCCCCGGCCCCCAGCGCCCCGCUCUCCUUCACCCAGGCCCGCGCCCUGAUCCAGAGCCCGUUCUCCUGCCUGGUGCUCGACACCUGCCGGCGCCACCUCGCCCUCUGCCCGCUCUACCUGAGCCGCAAGAGGAGCGGCAUCGAGAGGCAGCUCAAGACCGAGCUGCUCCGCUUCUCGGAGACAUCCCAUCAGUGCUGUUCCUUUGUCCCAGAAGAUGUGUUUGACGGCCCAGCCAAAACUGGUGAAACGUCUGUUGGUCUGCAGGGUGUCCCAGUUGCAUAUGACAAGGUCAGGUUAAUUGGAGAAUUAGGUGACAUCUAUGAUGACCAAGGAUAUAUACACCUCAACAUUGAAGCUGACUUUGUCAUCUUCAGGCCCAAAAUUGGACAGAAGCUACUGGGCGCUGUGAAUAAAGUUGCUCCAAGUCAUCUUGGUUGCCUCGUACAUGGGUGUUUUAAUGCUUCGAUUCCCAAGCCACAUCAUGCAAAUGGAAUCUGGCCAGACUUUGCGGUGAAAGUAGGAGACAGCCUGGAGUUUGAAGUUCAACAGCUGGAUGCUGAUGCUGCCGGUGUCCUGUGCAUUCGAGGGCGUUUGGAUAAAAGUGUACAGGGACCAUAUGGUGCAGAUUUUGAAGAAUUGUUGGAAAAGGACAGCAUUGAACAAGAUGGUGAUGCUGCUGGAAAAAAGAAGAGGAAAAAGAAAAAACAAAAAGAUGAAAAAUGUAAAGAGGUAAUAGAAGAGGCUGUGAGCUGCACAAGUUCAGAUAAGAGUGUUUCCAAACAUGAAAUGGGAGACCUUCAAAAUCAUUUAGAACGUAAAUCCAAAAAGAGAAAGCAAAGGACUGAGGAACCAAACACAGACAAUGAAUUUCAUGAAAGUAACACUGCUGAUUAUCCUAAUAACAGUAAACCAAGUAAAAGGAAGAAAAAAAUGAUUCGGGAUGAAUCAGGGACCACUGAUUGUGCACAAGAACCAAAACACAAAAGGAGAAAAAAAGAUUAAUGAAACAAAUAUCUAUAAACUGAAUGAAUGGACUGCUGCAGAAAUACUCGAAUGCCUCCAUGAAAGUGUGGGGUGGAAGUCUAUUUUUGUUGUGAAGAACAGGGAGUUUUGAUGAAUGCUGUUUGUCAUGUAGCCACAUAAUAUAAUUUGCAAUCUUCUGUUUGAUUUGCAGUUGCAGGAUUGUCCUGCCUGCCUGUUUGUCAACACUUGUGUGGGCCUCAUUUAUACAUUGCAACUUGCUCCUACAAAAAGCUGGAAAUGUCAUUUCUACAACAGUGUUAUUUCAGAUUCCCAGCAGUUUUUUGCUUUGAUCUUUCAUGUACCAUUAUUGUAUCAUGUACGAGGUGAAAAUGCUCUGCUAAAACUGAUUAUCCUGCAAAAUAUUUUUUUAACUGCUGUGUUUUUUCUUUCUUACAAAAAAGGAAUGCUUAGUUUGGACUCCCAAUUUUAAAGUUAAAAAUUUGAUAUUUUGUUGUAAUUGCAAUAAAAUUCUUAAAACAA